AUGGACCCUACAUCUGCAGUAGAAGAGUUUGGAUUAGUUCCCGAAGACAACUAUUCCAUCCCAGUUGAAGGUAUUGCAACGCUUGUGUGUAUAACCCUAGGACUAUUCUACUGGUUUUACUAUAACGUAAAGGACAAUUCCUUUCCCUCGCCUUCCUCUUCAAACACUAAUGCAGCCUCAUUUCGCGAGAAGCGUUUCGCUUCGUUUGUGGAGCACGAAAUUUCUUCCUAUGAGAUGGUGCUAUUUGUCACAAAAGAGGAUUGUGCGACAUCGUACCAUGCGUUAUUUGAUGCACUUCAAGCACCAGGUCACAUCGUCAAUUUAGCUCAAACAGCAUGUGGCUCCAGGGUGCUUGAAGUGCUACGCGAGAGUUACUCGAAAGAGGUUUCCGAUAUAUAUUUAUUUGUCAAAGGUCAACUGGUAGGGGGCACGAAAGAGAUACAAACUUUUAUUGUGGAAGGACAAAAAAACGAGGUGGGGAGAAAUUGGGAUUGGGGUCACAUUCGAAUUGAUCCGAAAAUGGAUACGGGAUUCAUGAUACUUGAUGAGUUCAACAGUUUUCAGUGUGUUAACGAUGUUGGUAACGAUAAAGAGACGAUUGUUAAGCUGGAAACGAGACCGUUGGUCUCAGUGCAGGAACUCUGUACAUUUAAUCCGGCGAAUCUCGUCCAAUGCCAUAUUCCAAUUGCGCUUCAUGUAAGGAAUCAACGACGACGCAGUAAAUUGUUGGUAUGUCAUGACAUGAAAGGAGGAUAUUUAGGAGAUCGGUUUAAACAAGGCUGCAAUGACUUUGACGCAUAUCGAUUCUAUCAGUGGGAUUUGGUCGACGUGUUUGUGUACUUUGGACAUGCUCUCGUGUGUCCACCACCAUGUGGGUGGAUCGCCGCUGGUCAUCGUCAUGGUACUCGUGUCUUGGGUACCUUUUUGACUGAAGGUGAGGAUGGCACUGAACGAUGCAAGGAACUAUUUCAAAACGCUCAAACGGCCGAGGCAUUUGCUUUUAAACUCGCGGCAAUUGCUUGGCACGGCGGGUUCGAAGGCUGGCUUAUCAACAUUGAAAAUGACGUGCCAUCUGACCUUAUAGCUCAUUUAAAAACAUUUCUACACACUCUUCAUAACAAGCUUCAGCUUCAAAAUCCGCUAGCUCAAAUCGUGUGGUAUGGUAGUCUCUCGAGUCUUGGCAAACGUAGUUCUUACGUUCGCUUAGACAAGUGCAGCACCGAUUUCUUUCAACAUGUGGACGGAUUUUAUGCAGACUAUGGCUGGAGGUCUGAAGACGCCAAAUUCUCAGCCGCUUUUGAUCUCGAUCGUCGUUAUGAUGUGUAUAUGGGCAUCGAUGUUUUUGGACGACACAAUAUGCUUGGUGGGGGCAAGAUGAACUGUAGCGAGCCACUACGUGUGGUAUGGAAUGCAGGCGUUUCAGCUGCUCUCUUUGCCCCGGGAUGGUCGUAUGAGUGUUAUCAGUUUGAAGAAAAUGAAGAGUUUGUGGUCGCUGAACAUCGAUUCUGGAGUGCAAUACGAGAGAGUUGGAAGGUGAAAAGUCCGUGUUAUGAUUCACUUGGCGGGCAAAAUUGCUUCUACACUGCUUUCAACGUUGGGCGUGGAAAUGGUGUGUGGCUUGAUGGAACCUGCGUCGGAUCGUCAACGUGGUUUAAUAUGACAGAAAUGGACGUCCAGCCCGAUCACAUUUUGCAUGUUGGAAAGGUCAAUGUUACUGCGACGGGAUCCAUGAAGGCGGUCAUCUCGCAUGCUUUAGCUUUUCAAGGAGGAGCAAGCGUACAAUUACAGGGUCAAUUGGAGAGCAAGGAAAAAUCAUAUUUCAAGCUCUAUGAUAUGACUCCGUUUGUCUACUCGUGCUAA